AUUUUUCUAUUUAAUUUUUUAUUCGGCAUCUGUUUUCUGUAUAUAACUCGUUUCCUCAGCAUCCCUCCGCCUCCUGCCGCAGCCUUCCAAGUUUUCUGCCGCCGCUUCCCUGCGUCUCUUUUCAAACUUGAGAGUUAAAUAUGAAGACCAUUCUUUCAUCCGAGUCUAUGGAUAUCCCAGAUGGGGUCAAAAUCAAGGUGCAUGCCAAGAUCAUCGAGGUCGAAGGCCCUCGUGGUAAGCUUGUUCGCAACUUUAAGCACCUUAAUCUCGACUUUCAACUUAUCACUGACGAGGCUACCGGCAAGAAGAAGCUCCGCAUCGAGGCCUGGUUCGGGUCCAGGAAGACAUCCGCUGCUAUUAGAACCGCUCUCAGCCAUGUUGAGAACCUUAUCACUGGUGUCACUAAGGGCUACCGUUACAAGAUGCGUUUCGUCUACGCUCACUUUCCCAUCAAUGCUAGUAUCACAAAUGGCAGCAAGUCUAUUGAGAUUCGCAACUUUCUUGGUGAAAAGAAGGUGAGAAAGGUGGAUAUGCUUGAUGGAGUUUCCAUUACCCGAUCUGAAAAAGUGAAGGAUGAGUUAGUUUUGGAUGGAAAUGACAUUGAACUUGUGUCGCGGUCUUGUGCCCUUAUAAACCAGAAAUGUCAUGUCAAGAACAAGGAUAUACGGAAGUUUCUUGAUGGUAUUUAUGUCAGCGAAAAGGGAACCAUAGUUGGAGCAGAUGAGUGAUCAAUACAAUUGUAGGUUAUAUCUGCACUUAGUUUCAAGAGUUUGUGAUGUUUCUUUUUGUGUCCUAUCUUUGAAAAUACAUUACAGUUUUGUUUUAUAACAGUUUUUUAGUUAAGUCACAAAAACAAUGCUCAGUAACUCUUUUUCACUUGAUUUCUACUUUCGAAUCUAAUAAUGAUGAUCUUAGGUUCUUAA